GUUACGUUUCCAGUGGAAGGAAGAACAGUGGUGAGGUGUACUUGUAUGUGAAUGCGGCUAUACACACGAACCACGCACUCAAUUAGCCCCGAAAUUCCCGAGUUCAGUCGUCAAUGUGGCGGGCUUUGGCGCAAACGGCACUGAGAGCGGUAGAUAGGUCACCAGCAGGAGCAGGACUACUCCCCCCAAACAAGCAAGCACCCCUAAAGCUGACGCAGCCAUUGCAGUUGCGACAUUCCAGCAAGGCCAGUCAACCACCUUACAAACUCGCCAGCAUGAGCGUGGAGAAGCCAAAGGUUGUCUUCGUUUUGGGCGGCCCAGGAGCCGGAAAGGGCACCCAGUGCUCCAAGAUCGUGGACCGCUUCCAGUUCACCCACCUCUCGGCCGGGGAUCUGCUGCGCGAGGAGCGCUCGCGCGAGGGCUCCGAGUUCGGCACCCUGAUAGAGGAUUACAUACGCAACGGCAAGAUUGUGCCCGUGGAGGUCACGUGCUCGCUGCUGGAGAACGCCAUGAAGGCGUCGGGCAAGUCCAGGUUCCUCAUCGACGGCUUCCCCAGGAAUCAGGAUAAUCUGGACGGGUGGAACCGGCAGAUGGCCGAGAAGGUGGACAUGCAGUUCGUCCUCUUCUUCGACUGCGGCGAGGAUGUGUGCGUCCAGCGGUGCCUGGGACGGGGUCAGAGUGGCUCCGGGCGGACGGACGACAACAUGGAGAGCCUCAAGAAGCGCAUCUCCACCUACAACAACGACUCGCUGCCCAUCAUCAAGUUCUUCGAGGGCGCCGGCCAGGUGAAGCGGAUCGACGCCAGUCCGGAUGCGGAGGCGGUUUUCGGCGAGGUGGAGAGGGUAUUCCUGGCCAGCGGCUUCUAGAUGUCAUGCUCAUAUUCCGCUUCUCUGUGUGUAGUGUGCUAUCUCUUUACUCUUCAUUUGUACUCCUCCAAAUAUAUACGCUUGUUAAUAGUAAUGCAAGUUACUUUUUCUUCGCCCCGAUAAGGUAAAAGAUACAUUGAAAAGUAUACUUAAUUAGGGAAAGAGGUACACAUCUUUGUCGGUAUACAGGAAUUAUUGAAGUUAAGAAAAUUGAUUGAUUUUGUGGAAAGUUAAUUUUUAGUUAGAACAUUUGGAAGGCAAUAAACAGAAACAAUAAAAA